UUUGCAAGUUCCUGUUUAUUAUGUAAUGAAGUACGCGUAAUGUUAGUGUAAAUUAAGUUUCCUGCACUAGUUUUAACAAAAUAAUGUAAGCUAUUACAAAAAAUUUUGUAUACAGAGCACUUGACAAGCGAUAAGCGAUAUGCGGAAGUGAGACGCAAAAAUUGUUGCAAUUUUACAUAUAAAGAGGAGAACGAGUGGCUGCAUUAUUUCAUUCGUUUUCGUCGUUUUGUCAAGUUCGUAAGUAAAUCGAUCACUUGCUGCAAUUUGAUACAAUAUCGAUUAUGUUGCGACGACAGUUAGUCAUUUUUGUAUUGAUGAUUUUUGUUCCGACAAUAUUUGCGUCGACGAUCUUUCACACAAGAGAUCUUAAGGAAUCACACAUGAUGAUUCCAGACAAGGAAACAGGCGUCAGAGUAGCGCAGUGGACCAAGGAAAUGAAUGUAAAUCCUGAGGAAUUGGGCAGUUAUUAUCAGGGUGAUAUCAUACUCACACACAACACUCAAAGAAGCGGAGUGACUGAUAAGGAGCUCUUUUGGCCUAAUGGCGAGGUACCCUACGUAAUCGAGGGGGAUUUUAAUAAAGCUCAACGGGAUCUUAUAUUAAAAACUAUAUGUCAAUAUCAUGAGUACACAUGCAUUCGGUUUGUACCGAAAACUGAAGAAACUACUAAUUAUAUCGCCAUUACUAGCAAUAAUACUGGAUGUCACAGCAAUGUUGGCAUGAAAGGUGGUAGGCAAAUAGUAAAUUUACAGAUUCCUGGUUGUGUAACAAAGAUAGGCACCGUGGAGCAUGAGUUCAUGCAUUGCCUUGGAUGUUGGCAUGAGCACACUAGAUGGGACCGAGAUAAUUAUGUGACUAUUAAUACAACAAAUAUUGAACAAAAGCACAUGGGAAAUUUCGUUAAAGAUAACCCGAACUCGAACAGUUACUAUGGUACCAAAUACAAUUAUAACAGCAUAAUGCACUAUUCAAGAACAGCUUUCACUAAAAACGGAGAAGAUACUAUUAUUCCGAAUAAUACAAAAGCGGAAAUCGGUCAGAGAGAGGGAUUUAGCGAACCAGACCUUCAACUGAUCAACACGAUGUAUUGCAAAAAAAGUUGUUAAAUAAUUGAUAUUUAAAUUAGUAUGUUUUUUAUUGAUGCUUUGUUUCAUCUAAAUAUCGUAUAUCUUUUAAUUCAGAAUUUCCUAAAAUACUAAAAUAUUGCAAUUCUGUAAUUCUUUAUACUAAUAAAUAAAUAUAAUUUGAACGAGUUAUGUCUCUCAAUCAAUAAGAGAUUUUCAUUUAUUAGUAUAAAGAAUUACAAAAGUGCAAUAUUUUUGUAUUUUAGAAAAUUUUUAUUUAAA